GAGGCAUAGACAGUUAAAGGAAGGGAAGGGAGGGACGAGCAGGGAAAGACACACUUGUCCUCCUAGAAAACCCAACCCUUGUCCACGAGCUGUGGGUCCGACGAUGUGAACUCAGACCUGUUGUGGAGGACUCGUUGCUUCUUCUUUACCCGAAUUUGGGACACGUUUGGCGCGUGGACGGUGCGGUAAGUUACUUAAGACGUUCGAACUUCCGGGUUGCGCCUUCAGCUUCGGCCAGGCAUCUGGCUCCGGGGGGGGGGGCAUGGACGGACUUUCGACUAACGGCAUACACAUGCAGCGCUUCGACACCAGCGGGAGCGACGGACCAUAUCUGUCUCGUGAACAGGGGACCGCUGAUGAUGUGGAUGGUGCUCCCUACAGGACCCUUGCUGCAUCAGAGAGAGACGGGCUGCUUUCUGUACAGACUUCCAGUCCUAAUGGGGAGGUGGUGGUCCAUGCAGCAGAAGCUCAAAGCAGUCUGGGAAAUACAUACACUCCUCGAAAGAACAGCUCCGUGGGCAGGAUACAGAGAGAGCUGAAUAAGGUUGUCUGCGGGAGAUUCAAGCUGUGGAUGGUCAUCGUCUUCACCUUUUUGCUCAUCUUGGCUGUGAUAAUAAUCUCGCUGGUCCUGUGUUCAGUGAUCUACAAGGACGAGGAUGACAACUUUGACCCUUCGUUGUUUAAAGUUCCUCAUUCUUUCAACGGGAGCUUCAGACUGCCCAACCUGGUCUUCACAGAGCAACUGUCCACCCGGUCCUCCGAGGAAAGCCAAGCACUCGCUGCUCACCUUCAAGAAAAGCUGGCUGGCCUCUACAGGUCCUCCCCGGCUCUGGGACGAUACUUCUCUGAAGCUGAGAUAUCUGCUUUCAGGAAGGGUUCAGUCAUCGCUGACUACCAGCUGACGUUUUUCAUGCCUGAAGAGCAGCAGGAUCAGCUGAGGAACGUCACCCUGAGCAGGGAGAUGGUGUACAAUGUGUUCAGACAGUUUCUAUAUGACCAGGAGCAGCCAGGUGAGUCUGGCCGGAUGUACAUUGAUCCAGUUUCCCUCAACAUGGCUUUAAGGCCCUAAACAGGCUGGAAAACUGGUGUAUCUCGCUUUCUUUGUCAUUUAAAUAAGACACUCAGCAAAAACUAAACCUCAUACGGGAAGGUGGUGGGUGGCGGUUGUGGGAAAGCUCUCUGGUGUUCGGUGAUGAAGCUAGAAAUUAAGAUAAUUUUUAUUCUCUUGUAAGCAGAAAGAGACCGUUUCACAGUGUACAUCUGAUUUUUCAACUUCUGCGUUAUUCUCCCAUGAGAAAUGUUGUACAUGAUGCAUAUUAACCACAGGAAGCUACAUGACCACAGUCACACAAACCCAGUAUGCUAGGUCAUGUGGAUGACCUCACUGUGUGUUCUGUUUAAAAGGCUUUUAGGACCGUUCUUUAGUCAAAUCAAUCAUCAGUGCAUGACCUCUCACAAGCAAUGGACAUCUGUCUAAUGUGGUUUUACUCACAUGAAAAUGGCAACCAAAAUCACACAGUGUAUAAAAUAAAAUUUUCAAUAUUGUAUUAGAAAUGUUAUUGUGUGUUACUGUGCCUAGUUUAAUGGCAAUUUUAAUUGUAAGAGUCUUGGUAUAAAUGUCAGUGCUGUAAAUAUGUAUAUUUGUUUCCUGACUAUCACUGUGAUUUCAUGUACGAUCAUUUAUACAAAACAUGUUACAGAAUAACUGUUUUUUUUAGAUGUAAUAUAAAUAUUUUUAUUUACA